GUCCUUAAUCGUCUUAAAUCAUCGUUGUUGUCUCAAACAACCUUGAAACAGCGUAGCAGCUACUAGAAAGCAGAGGACAAAAUGCUUAAUAUAUUGAACAAUGUUAUUGGUCCCAAGUAUGUUUCCAUUGUGAGAACGUGGGUCCCCACGUUGGCUGCUUGGGGCUCAACUGGUGGAGUGGCCCUAGUUUACUUCACUGACUGGAGGCUGAUUCUGGACUAUGUCCCCUACAUAAAUGGCAAAUUCAAGAAGGAUGAAUAGCUUUCCACGCAAUAAGCAUGGAUACGAGCAGGACCCGAUGAUACCCGGCGGAAGAGUUCUGAUUGAUACGGAGAGACGGUCUUCCAGUGGUGUCAUAUUGCAUGAUUGUUUUUUAAAAAACAAUUGUCAUUUUCAAUAAAUAAGAUGCAUAAAA